UUUAUACAUGACUUAUGUGGACAAUAUACGGGAGCAAGUGUUGGAAACAUAUAACGAGUGCCGCAAUGUUAAGGGCGACCUAAAUGUUACGCAAGUUAUACGCAACGAGUUUGUCAUACAUAACCAAAGUUGCGAAAGUUUUUACGCCGGAAACGGUAUUAUCAAUAUAUUUGCCAUUCGUGUCGAUAAAGAUCGGGUAUUGUCAGCGGUGGCCAACUUUUCGUUGAUUUCCGAUCUGAAAGAUAAUAGACAUUAUUCAAUGUACACUGGUCAGAUUGUUCAAGGUGAUUUCAUUGGUUCAAAAGUAUUCAAACUGAAAGUAUACGAUGAAUACUAUAUCCGGAAAGAGUGUAUCGGACAGCCGGGUAUUUUGCGAUUGUAUGCCAUGUAUGAAGAGUUUGGUAUAGAGUCGACAAAUCAUGGUUUCAUAUGUAUGGGCCGUCAGUAUUCGGGGGUCAGUUCCUUCAGUCCGGGUAUGGUUUACUCGCCGGUAAUCGAGGCACAGGUAGCCCAACGUGUGAAUCUGGUUCACCUGAUUAGGCAACAGUUGCUAAAUGUAUACCAACAACAAAUUAAUUAUAAUAUGAGUAAAAGUGUUGGUAAAUAA